AUGACGGGCAGAGCAGAUGGGGCGAGCGCACAGAGACCCGAGUGCGCUGCGCCCGUCGACGGCGACGCGCGCAUCCGUCGAUCAAACGCGCCCACCUGCUGCCCUCACGUGUUUACUCUCGUCCUCGACCUCCCGCCACCACCGCCUUCACCAGCUGCGUCGGGCUCGUCUGUCGACCUCCUCAAGCGCGUCGUCGACGUGUGCAUCGUCCUCAACCUCACGGACGGCGUGGGCUGGCAUCGCGUGCUCUUGUACCUCGACAUUUACAUGAGCAGCGCCCUCGAGCAGACCGAGGAGCACGUCAGCGGUAUGAUCACCCGUUGCUAUGGUGAUUCGUUCAUUCGCGGGAACACCGGUACGUGCUCUCGUCUUUACUCUGUCUCCGAUGCGCUCAUGCCCCCUCAACGCUCCAGUCCCUUACACAUCCGCCCCCAUGGGUUGCUUUGA